AAAAAUACAAGGUGGAAAGUGUCACAGCCGACAUGAGCGAAAUAAAUAAAUUACAAAAGGGUGAUCGAAUAGUAUUUGAGAGUGAAAUUGUUUUAUUAGUGGACCUGAGACUUGACAGGCGUGAGGGUGAUCCAGUGGACUUUGAGACUUGAGGAUAAGAAAAGAAAUCAUGGAGGCUAAAGAUACAGUGAAGUACGGGAUCGUAGGUGUAGGAAUGAUGGGAAGAGAGCAUCUCAUCAAUCUCCAUCAUCUUCGCAGCGAAGGUGUAGCUGUUGUUUGCAUAGCUGACCCUCAUCUUCCCUCUCAACAACUCGCCCAAGAAUUAGCACACUCGUUUAACUGGCCUAUCAAGGUUUAUUCAGGGCAUCAAGAGCUGCUGGACAGUGGGCUUUGCGAUGUUGUGGUUGUAUCAACUCCAAACAUGACUCAUUUCCAAAUUCUAAUGGACAUUAUCAACCACCCAAAGCCCCAUCAUGUACUAGUGGAGAAGCCGUUGUGCACCACAGUUGUGGACUGCCAAAAGGUUGUAGAUGCUGCGAGGAAAAGGCCGGAUACACUGGUACAUGUUGGACUGGAAUACAGAUACAUGCCACCUGUUGCUAAACUGAUACAAAUUGUUAAGGGUGGGUCUAUUGGACAGGUGAAGAUGGUGGCAAUCAGAGAACAUAGGUUUCCUUUCUUAGUUAAGGUCAACAAUUGGAAUCGUUUCAAUAUUAACUCAGGGGGUACUCUGGUGGAGAAGUGCUGCCACUUCUUUGAUCUAAUGAGGCUCUUUACAGAUUCGAAUCCUGUACGUGUAAUGGCUUCUGGGGCUAUAGAUGUCAACCACAAAGAUGAGAUAUAUGAUGGAAAGGUACCAGACAUUAUUGACAAUGCAUAUGUUAUUGUUGAGUUUGAAAAUGGUUCUCGAGGAAUGCUUGACCUUUGCAUGUUUGCUGAAGGGAGCAAGAAUGAGCAAGAGAUAUCUGUUGUUGGUGACAUUGGAAAGGGGGAGGCCUUUGUUCCUGAGAGUAUUGUGCGUUAUGGUACAAGAGAGGCGGGGAGAGAUGGCGUCCAAACUGUAAAAGCUGAAGAUGACCGAGUAAAAUAUGAUGGUCUCCAUCAUGGUUCUAGCUAUUUGGAACACCUGAACUUCUUGUCAGCAGUCAGAGCUAAAGGUGUAAAAUCUCCAGCAGUUGAUUUGCAAGAUGGCUUGAUUUCAGUUGCUAUAGGAGUCGCUGCUCAGCUUUCAAUUGAGAAGGGCCGAUUUAUAACAAUUGAUGAAGUCUUAGAUAAGCGUAAUUGUAAAGGUUGAUGGGUUUUGAAAGAAGACAGCGGAAUUGAUGAUUCUUGUACACCUUACUCUUUUGCUAAAUUACACAAAUAUAAAAGUUGCUGUAUACAUGUCUUGCCUAACGAAAGAGCCUGUGAACUGGUGGCUUGUUUUAAAAUAUUCAUGGCUUUUCUUUUUCAA